AUGCUCCUCCUGAAACCCACCGGGCGUUCGGGCUGUCUCGUCCCCAGCCCCCGUCGGCGGGGCGUGCCCAGCCCAGCCGCCCUCGGUGCGGGCCCGGCCGCGGCGCGUUGGGACUGGGUUCUGGAGGGUGCUGGCCGCCUGCGGCGCACGGAGUCGGACGUGCGGCAGGAGCGGCGGGCUCUUCCGGGGAGCCCCUGGGCCCACGCUGUUUGUUGUUGUCAUUGUGCGACCUGUUUCUCCCCAGACCACCACAGAAUAAGAAAGGGCCUCAUGUUGGUCCACCAUAAACGUCCCGGGUUUUUCAGUAGGAAGUGGGACCAGCUCCUGCUGAGAGUCUGCUUUGUUGGAUUUUUCUUCGUCUCCUUUUUUCCUGCGCAUUUACAGGCGAGGGAAGUGGGUCCCUUGGCACAUUUGGUAGAGAGGUACAUCCAUAGAGACAAAAGCAAAUUGGUGAUUCCCAGGGGCUGGGACCGACUAUUGGGUGGAUGUGGGGUUUCCGAUGGAGGCGAGGACGUUUUGGAAGUAGGUACAGAGUCAAAAGCAUCCAAUGCUACAGUGGAUCCUCGGUCAUUUUCCCUCAGGAAGUCCAGUGGUGGAUUUGAACCACUGCCAUUGUUGGAGUUAGAGAAAAAUGAAAGCAGACUAACUGAAGACAGACUCGCCUCCAUUAACCAAAGCAGACCCCUUCAAAAGCCACUUGCUGCAUUCAUCUCGAAAAGUGCCUCAGAUACAUUCAUCUCGAAAAGUGCCUCAGGGUAUCUGACCAGCUCCUGGCUGACCCUCUUUGUCCCCUCUGUCUACACUGGUGUAUGUUUAGUAAGCCUUCCUCUCAACAUCCUGGCCAUCGUCGUGUUCAUCUUGAAAAUGAAGGUCAAGAAGCCGGCUGUGGUGUACAUGCUACACCUGGCCGUGGCCGAUGUGCUGUUUGUGUCCAUGCUUCCUUUCAGGAUCAGCUAUUACUUUUCCGGCAGUGACUGGCAAUUUGGGUCUGCAAUGUGUCGCUUCGUCACGGCAGCAUUUUACUGUAACAUGUAUGCCUCCAUCAUGCUCAUGACGGCCAUAAGCAUCGACCGGUUUAUGGCUGUGGUGUACCCCAUCCAGUCCCUCUCAUGGCGUUCUCUGGGAAGGGCGUCCUUCACUUGUCUGGCCAUCUGGGCCAUGGCCAUUGCAGGGGUGGUGCCUCUUCUCCUCAAGGAGCAAACCAUGCAGGUGCCGGGACUCAACAUUACCACCUGUCACGAUGUGCUCAAUGAAACCCUGCUCGAGGGCUACUACGCCUAUUACUUCUCAGCCUUCUCCGCUGUCUUCUUUUUUGUGCCGUUGACCAUUUCCACAGUCUGUUACGUGUCUAUUAUUCGAUGUCUCAGCUCCUCCACAGUUACCAACCGGAGCAAUAAGUCCCGGGCUUUGUUCUUGUCGGCUACUGUCUUCUGCAUCUUCCUCAUCUGCUUCGGACCCACGAACAUCCUCCUGAUUGUGCAUUACGCGUUCCUGUCUCAUAGCUCCGUGACAGAGGCUACUUACUUUGCCUACCUGCUUUGUGUUUGUGUCAGCAGCAUAAGCUGCUGCAUUGACCCCUUAAUUUACUACUACGCAUCCUGCGAGUGCCAGAGGUACCUCUACAGUAUCUUAUGCUGCAAAGAAAGUUCAGAUCCCGGGAGUUACAACAGCAGCGGUCAGCUGAUGGCAAGUAAAAUAGACACCUCUUCCAGUCACCUGAGUAAUAGUAUAUACAAAAAGCUGUUAACUUAGGGAAAGGACCGCUGACAGGUUAAGAAAAAGUGGAUAAAAAAGUGAAUAACCUGAGGAUUCUGCUAGUUCCUGCCAAAAGUGUAUUUUCUUCACCACCUAAAACAAAUGUAUGAUUUGCAUGCUUGCUUCUUAUAAAGCCACUAAGCAUAUGAGUAUUUGCUAAUUACAGGAAGAGAUAAGAGGAAUAGAUGAUAAUGUUAUUCCAAGGGAGCGUAGAUGGUGCUACAGUAAUAACUGAACGUCACUUUGGGAUGUGUUUAAGUGACUGACUUUACAUAUGUGUGUACGUGUGUGUGUAUAUAUACACACUUGCAUUAUUUGCAGUGCGGUGUAGAACAGGCACUUUGAAACCCCUCUUUUCUUCAGCAAUUACAGAAGUAGCUCCAUUUUCCUGAUUAAACAUGUAGUCAGGUUGGUGAGUGUAGCCCUGAACAUCUGAAGAUGCCCAUCAAUAGUGAGGGACUCUGUAGUGUAAAUUUACUUAACUUUUGCAAAUAAGAGUAUUUUGAAGUUGUUGAACAACAGUAUUUAAGUUAUUGAAGGAUGAGAUUCAGUAGUAUCUGUGCGUAGAAAAAGUUAGUGUUUUCUGGCCCAGACUGCAGUAACGUGCAUUGGCAGGUCCUGCUAUUUGGCAGGCUGAGGCCACGUGAGAGGCCCGGGUUUGAUUUCUGGUCCACCCUGAAAGUUAGGCAAGGCAAUUAUACCUGUAAGUCCAGCUACUUGAGAGGCUGAGGCAGGAGGAUCAUGACAGUGAGACACUGUGUAUAUUUUUUUUAAUAAAAAUUUCUGGAUUUUUAAAAACAUAUCAAAGUUUGAAUUAUUAAUAUUAUUAAAGUCAAUUAGAAGCUCUUGUUUUGACAUGAGUAACAUUUCUGACAUUUUUCAUAUUGUAUACAUAAACCAAGAUUAAGCAUAAGUCCCAGUAGUAACUGUAGGUUGGCUUUCAGAGACGCCCACCCCUGAGAGCUACCUACAUCCACUCACAAUGGAGGACUCCAAGCAGCAGAAUGCAUGGCAGGGCCGUGUACUACACAGAUUGCCAGAAUCCCUCCAGUUGAGCCUCCCAGAGAACAGAGGAAUUGGAACUAUCAUGCUGGCUCCAUCCUCCUGGAGUUCCCCCAAAGGCUGGCUGUGAAAUGGUCAUGUUUAUUACAACUUGGCAAACCAGAUGUGAUAUUCUAAGAGGUAAUGACUAUGAAAGAUUUCUCUAGCCAUAGUAAGAUGAGAAAGAAGACAUGGUCACGCCCCAUAGUUGUCUGCAUGGGCAAUUCUCACGGGAAGCACCAUUAGGUUUUGUGGGUACUCCGAUGGGUACCACAAGGAUGGAGAGGGAUAAGACCAAGGCCUGUCCUCAAGAAGAGCAAAGUAGAGCCAGCCCCAUAGCACUACACAUGGGAAGCAGAUGCCACUUGGCCAACUGGGGUUCUAGUCCUUACCCAUCAGCUUGAAAACACACAUUAGAAGUGUGUGCAUGCCCAGGAUCCUGAAGGGAUGGAGAACUGAGGGGAAAAUCUUUGCAGCAUAACCAAACCUGUUGGGGAGUACACGCCCAUGGGUGCAUGCUUGCUCUCACUCUCACUCUCUCUCAUGCUUGUGCACAUACUUUCUGGCAUUAAAAAAAAAGAGAUGCUACAUAGCAUAUGCUGUAUGUACACUAAAUAUGUCAUAUAAAGAAGUGCUUUUAGCAGAUGUCACCAUGUAUGUUUGACACAGGCAAGGCCUUACAGCUCCAGAACUUUGAACAUUUGGGUUGCCACUUCCUGUGUUAAAACUUAAGAUGAAAACAUGACACAACACAGGAUGUAUAUUUUAAAAAAUAGGUCCAGUAUAUAGUAAUUGGACACUUUAUUUAUAAGUAUUUUUCAAUAAAUUACUGAAAUGAGGUUUUCUGUUAAGAAUUAUAUCAGUCUGGUUAGAAAUACUAGAAGAAGAUGUAAUUGACAUUAAAAUUUAGGAAAAUUAUUCUGUAUUUUCCAUUCACUUUUCGUAAGAGUUAAUGAAUUGAUUGUCUAACCCCAUGAUAUGUGUCAAGUGUAGAAAAUCUUCAUGGAUAUGACAAAGUAAUUUGAAAAAUAGGUUGAAAUGGAUCUUUUUUCCUCAUGAAAAAUAGUAACAUUGUGAACACAGUGGAAAAUUGCAAGGCAAAAGUUUGAUUAAAAGAGCAAACUAUUUCCAAAUACUAUAGAAUAAUUUACAUAAAAAUAAUGUAACUAUUAUAAACAUAAGUUAGGACUGGUUAUAUUAAUUUGGUUUUAAUAUUGAUGUUAUCUAAAUCAGUGGUGGCUUACUGUCAUUGUUUAUUUAAUCCAUAUAUAUUUAAGUACCCCUGACAUGGCUAUCAUUACUAAUAAAAUAUUGUCCCACUGUUUUUAUGUUUGCUCUCUUUUAAAAAAGAUUGAUGUAACCUCUAUUAAUAAACAUGAAAAUGUGCUUGG